AUGGCGAACGAAACUCUUCAAGUGAAAAGUAGGAAUCCGGCGAUUUUUCAAUUACAAGAAGGCGGCGAGUUCUAUAUGAUUGGAAGCGAAGUUGGCCAUCGAAUGGGUUUCAUGAAAGGAGCUCUCUACAAGAAAUUCCCUUCGCUAUGGCGUAGAGCUCCGACGAUCGAAGAAAGGAAAAUUUUGCUUUCUUUAAAUGUUGGCUACAACAGUAUGUCAAAUUCGAAUAUUAUGCUGGUAAAGGCAUCUGAGAUUGAAAAAGUAAUCAGAGGUAGUGGAGAGCAGUAUAUGGAAAAGUUACCCAACUCGCCAACUGACCGAAAGAUGAAAGACAUUGCUCAGCGUUUUAGACGACCAAAUUUUCCUGGACCACUUCAUUUUCCAGGAAAUAUUUCUCGAGAAGCGCUUAAUUCUUCAGUUCAACAUCUUAGUGCAGUUUCUUACCAAACAAGAAACAACAGCAAGUCUUGCAGCAGGUUUAGUUGGAAGGCUCGUGAAGAACUACGGAAAAAGAUCUUGCCAAGUCUAAGGUAGGUUAAAGUGGACAUAGUUCCAAUCAUCCAUCUUGUAUGACUUUUAAUCUCAGAAAACCUUGUUGUAUUUAAGCUUACCAGACUGAUUUCUAUAAUAAAUAUUUUAGCGAGAAACCGCCAUAUGGAGAGCAAAGAUAGCUAGUUGAUGUGUAAAUUUGAGACACAAAUUAGAGAUUGCGGUCUUCCUGAAACUAGCCUAAGCCUUUAUCAAACAAUAUUUGGGGUAGUUUAACUUCACAAUUCUCCAAAAAAAAAUUAAAACCCAGACAUUACAGAUACAUUUCCUCUUCAUCAUCUUUCCAUAAAAUUUAUGCCAUCAUGAAAUGAAAUACGUCUGUUUGAAAGUGAAAUAUACUUGGCCGGGUAUAAUCCGGUCAGUUUCAAUUAAAGAAGCCCUUUCUUUACAAAAAAUUAUUGUAAUACCAAACUUUCAUUACAUAAACAUUUUUUAAAAAGUUUAAACGCUGAGAAUUUUCUUUUCAAGUACGUUUUUCUUUGUUAAAUGGUUCCUUGAAUUGAAAACCACAUGAACGGUAUAGCUCACGUACAUUUUUGACAGCCUUGCCCAUUGAUUCUUCGCUCUAUAAAAAAAUUUAUUCCUGUGCCCUAAUAUUUGAAUAUUUGGCAGUAAUUACACACUUUCCAAGUUCUUCGAUAACUUGUGUUUUGUUUAAGUGAAAGAGCCACUGAAAAUUUUACUGCACCAUCUAGGUUGUUUUCGGAAUUUAAACGUUUGACAAAAAAAAGGGAAAAUCGUAAAUCGUUAGCCACACUCUAAAGCUGUGGAGUUUUCUCAUUGAAUAGAGUUUUAAUGACUAGUAUAUGGUACUCGAAAUGAAAUCAAACCGUAAAAGUGUUGAAGGUGAUACGAAUAGAUACGAAAAACAUGAGAAGAAGUUCAACGCCGUUUCAACCGUGAGAUACUGAGUAUGACUUGAAUCUCUCGAAGCACUGUGGGUAAACGUGAUAGAGAGAAAAGAAAGAUGGCGGUCCGCACAUAUGGUCAAAAACCGAGCUCUUUUCAGCUUGGAGAUGGAGAGCAAUAUAUGAUCGGAUCCGAAGUGGGAAACUUCCUGCGAAUGUUUAGAGGAUCCUUAUACAAAAAGUACCCUUCUUUGUGGCGAAGACUAGCAACACUCGAGGAGCGAAAACAAAUUGUACAGUUAGGAUUAGGACACAGUAGCAUAGCUACAAAUGUCACUUUGUUAAAAGCUACUGAAGUGAAUGAAAUCUUAGAGGGAAAAGACGAAAAGUAUAAAGUUUCCACGGAAGCACCCGAUGCAGCGUCAAGGAAUGCGGGUGGUAAAUCAAAACGGAGCAAUCAGCCGACUUGGGCACCACAAACAUUGUUUUCGAGUAAUUCCUUCCAUCUCGAUGCUGUACCAUGCUCGUCUACAGUGAACAGGAAUCGAAUAGGACCCAAAAGGAUAAAAACAUUUCCCACUUGGUAAAUGACUUAAUGUUUGAAAACUCUGUCGCGAAAUUUUAACCUAUUCAAGGUUAAUCGAUGAUAGUAGCAAAGAGGUCGAUUUUUUUUCCUAGUUUUAUUUUGUUUUCAUUGGAACUUGGCAUUUGUUGUUGAUACGGUUUCAGAUAAAUGAGAAACUAACACCACUGUUGAUUAACAACAGUUGUAUUUUGGGUGCCUCUUGAUAACAUUGGUUGCCUUUCACCCACUCAGUAGUGCUAAGUGAUGCUUUGUUGUUGCAUUUAAGUUAUGACGACCAUGACAUGGCUGCCAUCCAUGAGGCUGCAAGUCAACCCGAAGUGUUGGUGCCUAUCAGGCUGGACAUAGACAUUGAUGGACAAAAACUUCGGGAUACAUUUACAUGGAACAAGAGUGGUAAGUACAUGUUACACUAACUGUCUGUGAAAACAUAUUUCUAGUACACUUGAAGGAUUAUACUGGUGCAUGGCUGUUGGUAAUCUUUGUGUAAAGGCGAUCAAAAUGACAAAGGGAACUGAGGCCUACAGUUUUUAAAACCAAGAAGAGUUCAGAAGGGGUUUCUGACUGAUAUCUUAGAAUAACAAAAAAUUGUCCUCAGAACAAAAAAAAUUAUACCCACUUUGGGAAGGAUUUUGAGUUGUGGCCUAGCCUUACAAACAACUACCCAUGAUUUAUAUUCUGAAAUUGGUAAGCAGUAGGGAGAAAACCCUUCUCAACUGUUUCACGGAGACCCACUUGAUGGAGUUGUAUGCAAAGUAACAGUGAGACAAAUGCAAGUUGAUACAAGUAUUAAAUCUUCCUGUCAAACUUCAUGUUGAAGUCAAUGAUGUCACAUAUACACUGUCACAAAAGAUUGUGCCAUUAGUUGUUCAGUUUUAGGCCUUGUUAGAGGCCUAAAUUUUGUUUAGUACGUUGUUGUUUUAUGAACAUUUUAAUGGCAAAAAGGAAAAAAAUUGCCUUUUUGUAGAAGCGAAGAUAGUGUAAGGUAACAAGUUGCAUAGCCUAUGUAGAUUUCUAUGUGAAGUGAGCAAAGGCACAACACUUUUGAACUAAGUUGGCAAAGUGCUUUCAGCACUCAUGCAACCAUGUCUGUCACUUUGCUUCAAUUUGAUUAUGUGACAAGAAAAAAAAAUCUCUGACGCAUUUUGAUUACUCAGUUUGUUUGCUGUUUUUUUAAUUAUUCAAGCUUCUCUCCAAAGGUCAUGUUGAAAUCUUUGAUGUUACACACACUCUUUUAUUUAUGACUGUGCUGUUAGUUUUUGAUUUUUGUUCACUCAGGUGGCCCUUUGUUGUUUUUUCAUUCUAUAGAGACACUAAUUUCACCAGAGGUGUUUGCAGAAGUGUUGUGUGAUGAUCUUGAUUUGCCUGCAGCAGCUUUUGUGCCUGCUGUUGUCCAGGCCAUUAGGCAGCAGAUCAAACAGUUUGACUCAGAUUCUGAAAUAAGCCUGGACAAACAAACAGAUCAGAGAGUUAUUAUCAAGGUAGGGUGCUUGGAAGUUUUAGAUAAUUCUUUGCUCUUAAAACUUAUUAUACAUGUAUUUGUACUCAGAGAAUAUGUGAAAAUGGCCUAAUUGUUGUUAUAUGCCAUUUGUGUUCUUUUUAACCAUCACAGCUGCUCUUAAGUCAUGGAAAUCCCCUUUGCACCCAGUUUUGAGAUCUGUUAGUUAUAGGAAGAACUGCAGUUGAAAAGCAGAAGUUCAUUCUAUAGUGAAUGUAUUUCUCAGGGAAGCAUUAAAUCACAGACCUCAGGAAAAAGUCAUUUUUUGUCUCAUUGUCCCUUAGUAUGUGACAAAACUUGCAUCACCAACUUAGCACUUGUUUCAUUUUCAAGUGCAGGCAGUAUUCCUUUGUAUGUAAUGCCUUAAACCAAAGCAGUCAAAAGUAUAAUCUCUUAGCCCUGUGUACUUAAUUAGUGAUUUCAAUAGCUUUUUAAGGAGGUGUCAUAGUGUGAUAAAAUAUAUGACAGUUCAUGUACCUUCUAUGAAACAUUCAAUUGAUGCUCAGGGUAAGAAUUGCUGUAGUGUGUCUUCAGGUGUGGAGGGGAUAGGAGAUGUAGAAUUGGUGUGUUUCAUCAAGACAUUCCUCUGUUCAGUCUCUUCUUGUCUUAAGUUCUUUCCCUAUGGAGAGGAAAGCAGAGGGUGUGAAAACUAGAGGGUUAUUCAGCCUUGCACUUCUCAGUUUCAGUAGAAUUUUUGCCAACUGAGUUGAAGUUGGUGAUGUCAAAUCUGGGUACAGUCAAACCUUGAUUAUCUGGACCUUAAUUAUCUGAAUUUUUUGGUUAUCUUGACUUUUUCUCUGGUCCCAUUUUUGUCAUGAAUAUUUAUUAGUCUUGAUCAAGAUCCAUAACCAUAUUCUUUUUAAAACUAUAGCGUUGAAAAGUGAAGUAAAGGUGAGUUUGUUUCACUUUCAAAAAGCAAAAGCAGCACUCAUAUGCAUUGUAACCUAUGAAGAACAUCCGAGGUCCAAUUGGCUUAGAGUUGCUUUGUUGCUAUGUGAAGUUUCGCACUCUCUUAGCUUGUUCAGCAUGUUAUGCAAGAUAAACAAGCUACACAGCGUCACAAAUGUUUGUUCCUCGUUAACAUUCAUAUUCUUGAUUAUCCAGACCCUUGAUUAUCCAGACCAUUUCAUCAAGUCCCAAUAAGUCUGGAUAAUCAAGGUUCAACUGUAUUUAGUUGAAGUGUUUCAAAGAAUUGACAGUGAAAGAGUAGAACAGCAUGUGUCUACAAUUUCAGCACCAAACAGCUACAAAAACAGCUGUAGCAAUGAUAACCACACACACAACUAAAGUUGAAAGUUUGCUGAUUUAAAGAAUUCUCUUGCAAAUGAAGGUAACAGCUUAGUGAUGGGUUGAUUUUUAAAGUUGAAUUUGGUAGGAGUACAUGCAUGUUCCUUUUCUGGUAUUGGUUCAGACAUUGAGACACUCUCUGGGUCCUUCAAAGAUCUUCUGAGCUCUUUAUCAGGGAGAAAUUGGAUGUCAGUCAGCUUAUUUGAAAGCCUUCACCUCCUAAACUAUGCCUCUGGUCUCAAUUUUGAGUGACCAUGUUCCUUUGUUAAUUUCAUCCAAACAGCUUAAUAUCCAUGUUGGUAACAUUUCCCUAAUGGACCAGUUUGAGUGGGACUUGUCAGAACCUCUUAACUCACCUGAAGAAUUUGCAUUAAGCCUCUGUUCAGACCUGGGCCUGGGUGGUGAGUUUGCCACAGCCAUUGCAUACAGUAUUCGUGGUCAACUUAAUUGGCAUUCAAAAACAUAUGCCUUCAGUGAGGCACCCCUCCCAAGUGUCGAAACUGCCAUAAGAUCAGGGACAGAUGUUGAUAAUUGGGGUCCUUACUUGGAGACUCUGACUGAUGCAGAGAUGGAGAAGAAGCUUCGAGACCAAGACAGAAACACUAGGUUUGUAUUGUAUUGUAUUUGUUUUUUUCUUAUAGUUACAUCACCAAUUAUGUAUCAAUGGAUUGAAUUGAUAAGUACGCUUAUUUUCUUACAAUUUCGGCAGCUGCUUUCAAGAUGUUGAAAAAAACAUUUUUUAUAAGAAUUUUGGCAGCUUAUACCAAAACAUUAAAGAAAACCUAUCCUAUUUGUUGGAAAAAAGUAAUCCAUUUACCUUCCACUGGCUCUUUGUCAUGUUUUCUCUUUGAAUAACAGUUUUGAUUACCUUAGUUUUAGCUUGACAGCAAUCAACAAAAUGUACUUUAUUCAAUGCAAUUUGUAAUUUCUUGACGUAUUUUUGGGAUAUUGUUAGAGAAAUGGUUUAGUAAGAGUUGUAUCUGUAAUUCUCUUACAGACGAAUGAGGCGUCUUGCCAACACAGCUCCUGUCUAUUAGAGUGUGGCUCUGUCUUUGCAGAAACAUUGCAUUGAGGAUUUAUUAUACAAUAGUUACGUUCCUUGUUCUUUGUAAAUAACUUAACUUAAUGUAGAGGAAAACAAGGACUAGUUUGGGUAUUGAAAGAAAAGAAUUGUUCAGAUUUAGUGAAGAAGGCUUUUUGAUGUUCAUUGGACUUGUUUGUAUGUUUGCAUCUUUUGUUGUUGGAUAUAUUGCUGUGAAAAAUUUUAUGAAUAAAGAUUUUAAUACUAAAUAACUAUUUAAUGAAUUUAAGAUUGAUAAUAGGGCUAUACAAGAUGUUCUUUUUACUGAAAUAAGGGGUUUCUAACGGCAUAAAUGUAUUCCACAUCGUCCUGUGGUCAACCAC